CUGGCUGCCUCCUCGCGUUCCCACUUCCCUCCCACGACCCACGUCCCGCCAGCACCACCACCACCAGUCGCACGCCCGUCAGUCUGCUCUCGACACGCGUGGAGGAAGGGUGCAGCCGCUCAUCCGCUCUCUCCUCCGCCUCUCCCUCGCUUCAGAGCACCCAGUUGACACUUUCUUUGACGCGUGAUUGACACCCUUCACCCGGCGUCACCCGAGAGAACUUCCGGGUGUUUGGCUCGCGCUGCUGCCCUGAUAGUGAGCCUGAUAACACCUCGCUCACUUUGACGAUAAGCGCUGAGGGCCGGCGCUAUCUCCCGCCCGCGUGUCGUCUCUGCCAGCUUAAUAAGGAUGUGACGCUCUCUUGUCUGCGGUGACCUCGAUAACUUGGGGUGGUGUGGCGUGGUGUGGCGCUGCCCUGCCUGCGACGAGCGAUAGGGAGCGGCGCUGGGCUCAAGAUAAGUGCUGUGGUGUGGACGUGUGUGUAUGUGUGUGUGUGUGUGUGCGCGCCCGUGUGUCCAGCGCUCGAGAUUGCUUGCGUGUGUGUGUGUUUCCUGUGACGGGCGGAACAGCACGUGCGAGCGACACAGCACAUGACUCGCACCCCCGCAGCGACACGUGAACUCACACAGCAACAGAGAACAGGAACAGCAGCAACAAAAGACACUCGCAAAGACAGGCUUGAGAGUGGCUGUUCGGGCCGUUGAGACUUAGAAAGGAGAGAAACAAGACACAAGUAAAACCACCAUCAUCACCAUCACCACAUCCCGGAAGACGAGAAGAUAGCAAAAAAAUAAUCAGAUAGAAGCGAUAAACAAGAAAUCGAAAAGAACGAAACCACACACAUUCCCCUUCUCUCUCUCUCUCUCUCUCUCUCUCUCUCUCUCUCUCUCUCUCUGAACGUGGUGGUAAUAGUGGUGGUGCAAGACAAACCGAAAACCUGACGCACCACAACCACAAUCAUCAACACCACCACAAACACCAACACCACCACCGCCGCCGCUAAAAUGGACCUCGCCGCCGCCCUCAGCUCCUUGCCGUGGCGGACAGGCGCCGUCUCCGCCACCUUUCAGCAGCAAAUCAUGAUGCAGAAGUUGAUUGCUCGCCUUAGACAUGCAACAGGAGACGAUGACUGGGACAGCAACGAGGAAACUUCAUCCAACGACUUGAUGACGUCACCACACUCCGACCAAUCCGCCGCAGGGGAAGGCGUUACGUCAUCACCUGUGUCCAGCCAACCAGAGAGCGGGUCAGCGGCAGAAGCGGGAGGUGGUGGUGGUGGCGGCGGCGGUGGCGGUGGUGGGGAGUUGACGGCGACGACGAGUCCAGUUGAUAAAGAUCUGAAGGAAGCCACUGACACCCCCGCCAGGAGCCUCGCGGACAGGUGCGUUAAUGAGGCAGGAAGGUGCAGCCCCGGCCGAGCAGGAGGGAGCCCACCCUCUACCUGUAAUCAGUAUAAACUAGCUGAGUGUGUCGGCCGGAGAGAAGGAAGGACGCGGCUCGCCUCCCCUCCCCUCCCGGGAUCACCGCCCCCCGCUCCCUCCCACACCGCCGCGGGAGCCGCUGCCUCCAACACUUCUGCCACCGCCGCCAGCACUACGGCGGUGAAGAGUGAGCAGCACCCCGGUGGAGGCGCCUCACCCGGCCCCAAGCUGAGCGCCGAGCCCCCCAUGAAGGAGGAGCCCGCCGAGCACUCCCCGCCCGCCCCCAGCACGCCACGGGCCCCCCAGGCGUCCCCGGGCCUCACGCCGGAGAUGGAGGCGGCGCGGCAGCAGCUCACAUCCAUGAUCCAGGGCCUGCCGCUGCUGUCCAUGCUGCCCGCCCUGCACCGCCUUGCGCCAGCCGUGGUUAGCCUGGCCUCCAGUCUUGGCAGCAUCAGCACCAACAACAGCACCAGCAGUGUGGCCCUCGGCGAUGCCACCAAUGGAGGCAGCAGCAGCGGCAGUGGCACCACCAAUGGACGGACAACGUGUGUGUGUGGCAUCCGCUUCAGCAGCCCCAGCAACCUUGAGGCUCACCGCAUGUUCUACUGCACCCACCGACCCAACCUUCACUCAGAUAAUGAGUCCACCAGCAGUAAGGACCAUCAGGCCUCCACAACGAGCUUGAGUCCACGUGGUGAUGGAGGUGCCACCACAGAUGAGGAGGAGGGAGGGCGAGUGCUGCGGUGCCCACACUGCCCCUACACCACCGCACACAAGCUGAGUCUCAACGGCCACAUGAACAUCCACACCAACCCUGAGGACGUGGCAAAGACCAGCAGUGCCUCCCACCCCCCCACUGCGACUCCUCAGGUCACCCUCACUGAGAACAGAGCCACUGACAGGUACUGCUCCGACUGUGACAUUCAGUUCUCCUCGGUGAAGACAUUCCGUGUGCACAAAGCCCACUACUGCCAGACACGCCAUGUGCUAAAGGGGGGUGGCAAGAGUCCUGCACGGGAGGAGUCAGGGCCCAUUGCUCAAGCCAACACCCUCUCAGGGAUGGUGAGUGCAGCAGCAGGGAGUGGGCAGCCCAUCUUGGCACUGCCCACCAACCCUAUCCUGCUGGUGCCCUACUCGCUGGUGGCAGGCGCUCAGCUGCUGCCUCCCCACGUCUUGCCACAGGCUGGGGCAGCGGUGGUCCUCCCCAAUGGCCAGGUGCAACCAUUGUCUCCUGGCCCCCUCCCUGGCCCUGCCCCUCCACCACUCCUGUCGCCUACAGCAGCAGCCACCCACACCCCCGCCUCAGCACCCCCAACCUCCCAUCCCCCACAGGCAUCCCCUCAGUCCAGUCCCAUCACUCCCCCCAAACACUCACCCAAAGACGACUCAAGGCUGAAGCCCGUCAGCAGUGAUGUGUGUGGGAAGAGGCGCGGGGAGGGAGAGUGUCCACUUGACCUGACCACCAAGAGGCCAAAGCUCACCAUCAAAACUGACCUUAUGAGCGAUGAGGAAAAGGAGAACCGGGAGGUCAACACACCUCAGGCCCGGUCCCCUGCCCUCAAGUCCCGUCCAGGGUCUUCCCACGGGCCAGCUGGCGAGUUUGAGGGAAAGCUUUUGGCCUCUCCACCUCAACCAUCACCCUCCAGUGAGGCUGAGGGGCAGGCAACUCCUCGCUCCCCUCGCCCCUCCUCAGCAGCCCCAACGCUUGGCUCCCCCAGAGGUCUCCCAGACUCCCCCAGACCAUCCACCUCCACUCGCUCACCCAACCAGCCACCUCAGGUUCCCACAGUUAUCCCACAGUUGCCUCCAGGGUUCCCAAACCUCUUGGCAAGUCUUGAGAACCUAGGAGGCCUGUCACUGGCCAGUCUCCAGGGCCUGCAGGGCAUGCCUCCAGAACUUGCCCUCAAGCUCCUUAACUCUGAUUUGCUCAUGAACGGCUUGGCACCCCUUGCUAACCCCCCAGUCAUAGUCAAGCAAGGCGAGGCAAAGUGUAAUGAGUGCAACAUUGUGUUCUACAAGGAGGAGAACCUUCAGGUGCACAAGAAACACUACUGUGCCGCCCGCACUGUUGCUCGAGGUGAGGACGAUCACCGGUCUGCUAGCAACAGGAGCCCUGCAGCAGCAACAGCAGGAGCUGGAGAAGGGGCAGCAGGUCCAUCUAGACGCUCCCCCAGUGCUCUCCCUGAAGUAACGUCUCCACCAGCUGCCAAAGCCUCGCCAUCAGUCAAAGACACUCCCAAGGGUAACAAGCCUCUGCUUCAGUUCAUCUGUACAGCUUGUGGCAUCAAGUUCACUUCUCCAGACAACCUCAAAGCCCACCAGACCUACUACUGUCCCAAGCGUGAGGGAGCAUCAGGAGAGGAGGGAGUCACCAAGGGCCUCUGGAGGUGUCCCCGAUGCCGGUGUGCCAUGCCGGAGACUCUGCAGGCAGCCCACCAAUGUGUGACUCCCUCCCCUGCCCCCUCCCAUGGCUGGAAGUGCCCUUGUUGCCCUGCCAUCUCCCCCACUGCAGCCGCUGCUCAAAAGCACCUCGAGACACACGCCGGCAUCAAAGGUUUCCGCUGCACUAUCUGUGGCUACCGAGGCAACACUCUGAGGGGCAUGCGUACCCACAUCAGGAUGCACUUUGAGAAAAGAACCAAUGAGCUGCAAGAAGAAAACUUUAUAUCUUGCAUCUUAGAGGAUGAUGACGGGAGUCGCAGGUCAGCGGAGAUGAGGACAAUGGCUGACCUGCCUCGUGUUAUCUUGGAGAACCCGACUCUCUCUGCCCUGCUUGCUGAGGGAGCAGCUGACUGCUCAGAGCAGCCACUUUCCUGCCACUUCUGUCCCUUUGUAACGCCGUACCGCACAAACCUGGCCAGACACUUGGCUGUGGCACACAAGGCGGGACUUGACGCCAAGCUGACUCAGGACAUUCAGGCUCUCAUCGAAGGCCACGUCAUGAACUCUGCUGCCGAGCCUCCUGCUGCCAAUGAGUCUGAGAAACAUGACCCCGUGGAGAAUGGCAACCCGGUGAGCUCACCCCCACUCCCUGCCAUCAAGCUGGAGCCAGAGGUCAAGCUGGAGGUGGAAGAGGUGGAGGAGAAAACCCGAACACCCUCCGUUCCCCUCUCUCCCGCUGAGGAGAAUUCCAAAGCAGAGGCCACAAGUAAUGGGGGCACGGCAGGCACCAAUGGGCCAGAUAUACCCAGGUACUGCAAGGCAUGUAACAUAACGUUCUCAUACAUGGAGUCCUUCCUAGCACACAAGAGGUUUUACUGCACCAAGCCAGAGUCCACCACCCCACCAGAGACAGCAGUCCAGUGACCCCCUGAGUGCUGGCCGCGGUCCCGGCACUGGCAAUGUUCAGCUGUGCAUGGUGGAGUCAAUGUCUUGCUUCCUAAUGCAUUAACUUAUUGGAAACUUGCUAAGCUUUAGUUGUACAUAGUGCUGGUGGGGUGGUGACCUAAUGCCAUAUCAGCUGUACAUACUCUCCCACUCCCAAUGGCAGUCCCCCACUAACCCUUAGCCAGUAGGAUCCAGAUGCAAAAUAUACAACAUAAAGAGAGAUUUUGAAGAACUAUUUAUAUAUAUGCUUUAUAGUCACUGUUUAACUGAGCAACUAGAUUACUACUGACAUGUAUGUUGUCUCCUCACUUCUCAAGAUCAGUCUGGCGAAGAUACAUAUCCACCACCCUGUGUUUCACCUGUUUGUUGUAUUUGCUAUAAAAAAGGAAAUGUGUGCGAGAAACAAUGACUUAAGUGUCUCCGGUGAUGACGUCUGUGGCAGAUGGGAAAAGUACAGCCUCUUGCAAGCAUUUAAACGGUUGUGUGUGUGGUUCUUAUUGUAAUGUGAUCGGUUGUGUGUUUAGAAAGAAACUGAGCUCUGGAAACUCAGAGCAGAAUACUUGCUACUAAAUGGAUCAAAAUAGAACCUGAAGAAGCAUUUUUAGAGGUUGUAUAUGAGUGAGUGAAACAUGCUGGCAAGUGAAUGGCUAUUUGUUUGAAGAAAAGUGUGAAGUGAAAGCUCAGAGCUGAGGUGUUGUGACUGAAUCCUGUGUGUUUAGAAGAAGAAUGAGAAAGGGAAGCUCUGAGCAGAAUUAUAAGGGUUUUCCGAGUGAUUGGCUAUACGUAUUUUAUGUUAAUUAAGGAAGAGACGUGUGAAUUGAAAGCUCAGAGCCAAAUGCUACUAAAGAGUCUCAUCAAUACAAACUAUGAGUGUUGUCACAGACCCACAAGAGGGGCUGACCGGGGCUGCUGGAGGCCUGGAGGCGAGGGUGGUGUCUAGUCCUGCGUGUGUUGUGCCGUCAGUGAGGAAAAAGACUCAUCAACCCCCCCCCCCCCUAAACCCCCCUUCCAGCUCCUUCCAAAUGACCACGUUAGGUUAUCACGGAAAUGAAUACUUUAAGCUAAAUGAGUGUAAAGUACUAUCUUUAAAAAACUAACAAAGGAAUUGUUUUCUUUUAUUUCUUGUUUUGUUUUAUAAGAUUUAUGUCCAUAUAAGGGUAUUUCUGCCAAGCUAAAAGCACUCAGUUUAACUUUUUCUUUCUUAUUCCGUUGUCCACAUUUUUCUUCAUAGUGCAUUAUUUUACUUCCUUUUAGGUGUGUCUUUCUCCCUAUCCUUAUUGUUAUUUAAUAAUCUCCAAAAGGAACCAAAUUUUCCAAACCUCUUAUCAUUUUUUUUUCAAUUUUACUCAGUACAGAACAACAUGUGAUAGCUCCAUGUACAUGUCUAAAUCAUAUUGUCUUGUGAGUGUUUCCUUGUGUGUGUGUGUGUGUGUGUGUGUGUGUGUGUGUGUGUGUGUGUGUGUGUGUGUGUGUGUGUGUGUGUGUUCUCUCCUUGGACAGUGUUUCUUCAAUCCUCAUGAAGGUUAUCCAAUGGCAGGGAUAUUUAGAUCAUGGAAGAGCUUAACAAGGAUUUCCAGUCGGUUGUAGUCUCCCCUUGAAGAGAGAAUGUGUGUCGCGAGAGUCUCUUAACUUCCGUUCAAUACUCAGUCUCGUUUUCCCCAACCCUGGGACCUCUAAACUCAACUCAACUCACGCGUGGUUCUUGUGGUGUCAAAGAAUGCGUGUUUUGUAUGUCUCGUCAACUUUUUGUAUUUCAGUCUCGUUAAAACUAUUCCAGAGGCUUACUUGAUCUUGUAAUUUCUUGUUUUUUCUCCUGCUUUCAUUAAUGCCUCCACUUCAAGCACUGUCACUUGUUUUGUUUCGUAAUAAUUAGUUUCUUUAAUCUUCUUACUCGUCUUGUGGAAUGUUGAAGUGAAUGGUCGACAGCAAUUUGUUAUAUACACUGGUUUUUGUGUGAAUGUUUUGUUUGUUAUCAUGGAAUAUUCUCUCUACAUUUUUGUUGUUCUCAUAACUAUACAGUCUUGUAGUCUUAUACACAUAUGUUUGUUUCAUUUCUAAGUAUACAGCCCUACUCUUGUGUUAUGUUUGUCAGUAUUCUGCCUGGACGUUAAUGUUAUUGCUUUUCUCUACCCCGUUUUCUUUUCUGAAGGAAGUUGACAUGUUACAGACCAGAGAGCAUUGCAUAUCAUCAACCCUCAAACAGUUUCAUUAAUCAGUCUUACCUUGGAUAUUCCCUAAUGUUUCACGCCUCAGCAUAUCUUGGUCUGUACUAUUUUCACCACCCUUCAGAUUGUCUCAUCUUUAUCCCUUUCUCAUAACCUCAUAGCCCUAUUUUUCUCGGCGGCCUCUGUUGAUCCUUUCUUUUUCCUCAUUUCAAUAUUCUCCGGCCUCCCCUGGAACUGUCCUAGGGUGUGAUAUAGAAGGAAUUUCUGUAUCACUGACUUGGGCAGCGUGUAUAGUCUGGCUCAAGAAGGGCUAAAGUCUUCAACAAUUUCAUCUUUUCACCCUUCGAAGUCCUCGGUUCCUUUCACAUACACCUGAAGCCCUCACAGCUCUUGCAUCCCUUCUUCAUCUUGUUACAUAUUCCUGCGCGUCUAACGUUUCUCUGCGUCUGUGUAAGGUUGGUCUGUGCCCCUUGUGUACCUCCAGCUCAGUGUGUUCCAUAGCCUUCUCUCACUGUACCAUAUCUCAUCCCUCGUCCCAACCCGUGUACUGCAUUCUGCCCCCUCUGUGUACCAUGGUUCUCUUUAGUAAAACUGAUGUCUGUU